CCACUCUAUAUAUUCCUCUAAACUCUCCCUUCAAUCUCCACUCUGCCCUCUUUCUCUCUUCUCUCUCAUUCUUCUCAAUCUUUGGUUUCUGGGAAUGGGUCGGGUCACCGUGAACUCCAGGCUGACUGUGGUGUCCAGCAAGCCAGUCGGGCCGGGUGUGACCCACAAGCUUUCGGGCUUGGACCACGCGAUGGGUCUUCACACCAUCCACAUGAUAUUUUACUACGGAAACAACCCUGCCACGUCCUUCGAUUUGGAUCCGUUCCGGGUGUCGCUGUCGGAGGUGCUUUCGAUGUACCCGGCAGUGACGGGUCGGUUGAUCCGAGGGGAGGAUGGGAAUUGGGUGGUGAACUGUAAUGAUGCCGGGGUUCGGGUUUUGAGGGCCACGGUGAGGACCACUCUGGAUGAAUGGCUGCGAUCGGCUGAUGGGGCUGAGGAGAGGGAUCUGACGGUCUGGGAGGACAUGGCCCAGGAUCCGACUAUUUGGUCUCCUUUCCGGAUCCAGAUAAACGAAUUUGAAGGAGGCGGCAUAGCCAUUGGACUGAGUUGCACCCACUUGCAUGCAGAUCCAACCUGUGCAACCUUACUCUUAAAAUCAUGGUCUGAAGCUCACCGCCGGGAAGCCAUUGCACACCCGCCCUUCUUCCACUCGUCAGCGCUCCGUGGCCGGCCAGUGUUGAACACCAAGACAAAGUCUGCCAAUUACUAUGCAGCCAAGUCCAAGGCCAAACCUCCAUCUGUGAAAAUGGCUGCAACCACCUUCAGGUUUUCUGAUUCCAGUAUCAAGCAAUGCCUUGAGGAGGUCCAUGAAAGCUGCCCAGAUGCUACACCCUUUGAUCUCCUAGCAGCACUCUUUUGGACAUCUCUUGCGCCCAUGAAGUCUCCUGCACCUGACCACAAACACUCUCUCUCAAUCUGUAUCGACUUCAGGAAACUCAUGCAUGCACCUCUCCCAUAUGGCUAUUUUGGCAAUGCCCUGCAUUUCUCACUGUUGUCACGGGACAGGGAAGAGAUCGAUAAUGGGAGGUUAGGCCAUGUGACGGGGCUCGUCCAUGAACAUGUGUCGAGCAUCAACGAAGAGGAGUGUCAAUCAGUUAUAGACUGGCUUGAAUCCCAGAAGGGAGAGGGAGGGAAGUUUGGAGCACCCUUUAGAAUGUAUGGCCCUGAGCUUACUUGCGUUAGCAUGGAACACAUGGUUAUUCCGCGAGGGUAUGCAGGCAUGUUCAAGGAUGCAAAGCCCGUCCACAUUGCUUGCCAUGUGGGAAAUGUGGAAGGUGAAGGGUUGAUUAUGGUGCUGCCUUCACAUGAAGAAGGGCUUGCAAGAACAGUGAUGGUAACAUUGCCAGAGGAGCAAAUGGCCAAGCUAUGCAAGGAUCAAGCUAUUUUGCGCUUGGAACCAACAGUGGUUGCGUGUGGGAGACAAUAGUCCAUUGGUUUCUGAAUCGCAAUCAAGGUUCUAGAGUUCUUUAUUUGAGCUUGUUGACAUCAUUUGUAUGGUACCAUGCUUAAUAAGAUUGUAUUAAAAGUCUCAGAUUGAGAUUUCCUGGUGUAAAUCAUGAAGAGGUCGACGAAGCCUCUAACCAUUUGCUACUAGCUUGGUUAAUGUCUUAUAACUCUAUCCUAAGGGGGGGAGUUAAUAGUUUUUCCUUCUCGAUUUCACUAGAAUAAAAAAUUUCUAUCUUGAAAUA